GAGCCCUCCGCCGAGUCGGGGAAGACUCAGGUUCGAGCCCCGGCGCCGCACGGUGCCCCGGCGGGCUGCCGGUGAGGGGUGCAGGAUCUCCCCCGGGGCCGGAGGGCCUCCAGAACUGUCGGCGAGGGACUACAGGACCAUUCGGGGGCAGGAGAGCUUCCGGGCCCGUGGGUGAGGGGCUGCAGGAGCCCUCGGAGCCAUGGAGGUCCCUGCGGGGCUGAAUGCUGGGAAGGAGCCCACUGCCACAGCUCUUCCCAGUGUGUCACAGCCAGUACCAGUAAACAUCACAGUCAUGAAUGCACACGACCUGCUCCUGAUAAUCUUUGGGGCAUCACAGCAUGGUGAAACAGGAAUCUUCCCUCCUAAAGACAGGGAAUGGUGGGUUCUCAGUGUGGCCAAGCUCUGCUCCUCUUCCCCGUUCCUGUGGUGGAACAGACCCCUACAAAAAACUCCCAAAAGCAAGGUGCUGGUUACAUUUGUGCGUGUGGAGUACAACGGAGCAGUCCUGGGAGACUCCUCCAAGACUGAUGCCCUGCCAGAUGGGACAGCAGAAUACAACUUUAGCACCAGCUUUGAGUACAGCCCUGAUGGGCCCAACUCCUUGGAUGUCCUCGUGCAGAAACCACUGCUCUUGACAAUGCUAGAAGUGGUGCCAAAGGAGAAGAAAAAACCAGAGAAAAUCACUCCUCUUGGCCAAGCUGUGGUGGACCUUCUACCUCUGCUGCAAGGAUUGCGUUCACUGAAGGUCUUUGCUCCUUUGUAUGCAGUGCCUGCCUCCCCAUCAGAGAUGCUUCACCCCGAGGCCAUGGGUGGCCUUGAAGUGACAGUAAGCACCAAAGAGCUCCUGCUCUCUGCCACCCAGUUCUCAAGUGGGAACCUCCUGAGCAUCACGCUGGAGGCAGCUUAUUCUGUCCCUGCUGCCUUUAUUGCUGACGCCCAACAAAACUACAUGGCUUGCUUGCAAAUGCCAGCAGCUGGCGAGAAAGAACUGCUAUUGCUCUUCAAGAAUGGCAUCCCGAAGGCUGAUGGUAAUAAAGAACCAUUGCCCCGGCCCAAACAGUGGCCCCUUGGCCCCAUCCUGGCCCCUGGUGCUCUGAACAUACCCGACUCCUUCAUUGUUGGUGGGCCCUAUGAGGAUGAGGAUGGAGACCUCACCAAAAGUGAGGACAGGGAAUUCAGGAUCCAGGCUGAGAGCACGAGGAGAGUCGUGUGGGACACGGAAAGGCGCUGCUUCCUGGAUGCUGCUGCAGUGGCCGUCCUGCAGAAGCGCAUUGCUGAGUGCCGCCUCUGGCCCGUGGAGCUCUGCAGGAUGUCCCUGGCCUCAGCUGGCAAAGGGAAAAACAGCAAAAUUGACAAGGGAGAUGAGGACAAGCAGAUUGCCUUCCAUGGCGUGGCAUAUGUCAACAUGAUGCAUUUGCUGUGCCCUGGGGUGAAGCAGAUCCGAGGGGCCUUCCGUGUCUUUAACUACCAGGACAGCGAGGUGUUGGCGAAGACCAAGUUUCAGCAGAGUAUUUUCCGGGAUCUCAGGUCACAGCUCAGUCUGCCCAAGGAAGGGUUUGGGAGCCCCCCUGUUUCCAAAUCUGCUCACAAUAAGGUUUCAAAGGAAGAGAAAGAUUCCAGUACAACGUUACUCAACCCAUCCAAAAUCCAGUUGUCAGAUGGCACUGGAGAAUCUGAAAAAGUCACAAGUCUCAGCCUUGAAGGACAGCAAUACAGCGAGGCAGGAACAUUCCUGGUGAUGGAGAUAAAGCUGGACAGGCCCUUGGUCCCAAAGCGGCUGCGGGAGGAGCUCGUCCGGCGGGUCAAGGAGCUGAUCCCUGCCCGCCCUGCACUGCCCACCCGGACUGAAGGAGCCAGGAAGGCAGUGGAAGAUUAUCACAAACGUAUCACCAGCAUUGCUGUUGCCAUCCUGAGGGAAUACCAUGAGCUUUUUGGGAAGCAGUUGCCUGACCAGGGAGCCAUAGACCAUAAAACCCUGGAGGAACAAAAGCGUCAGCUUGACUACGAGCUCAAUACCUCUGGGAAAUAUUUUGCUUUUAAGGAACAGCUUAAGUAUUCUGUGGUGAAGAUUGUGAGGGAGAAAUACCUGAAGACCACGGCGUUUGAGACCAAGGAGCAGCUCCAGGCAUUCCUCAGUGAGCUCUUUGUGUACCUCGUGGACAACAUGCACAUUGCCCUGAACAAGCUCCUGUCUGAGGAAGAUGUUUCUCCUGCCCCUCCAUCCUGCACGACCAGGGAGCAACUCCUGCUUUUUGCUCGUGAAGCUGAAGCCAACAAGGACUUCAAGCUGGCCUCUCUCUUCUAUGAGCAGAGAAUAGCUCGGGACCAGCGCAGCAUCCAGUCCUGGCUGGACUAUGGAGCCUUCUGCCUCCUGCAUGAGGAUGACACCAAAGCCAAGGAAUGCUUCCAGCAGGCCCUUUGUCUGGACUCCAACCACAUCCAAAGCUUGCUGCUCUGUGGGAUUGUGGCUGUCAAGCUGCAGCACUAUGAAGAGGCAGAGAUUUUCUUUGAGGAUGCCCGCUGCUUGGAGCCAUCCAACAUCGUAGCCUGGACCCUCUCAGGUUUGUUAUAUGAGAUGAAGAAUAGUUACAUCCAGGCAGAAAGGAGCUUCCGUGAGGCUAACAAACUCCUGCGAGCACAGCUUGAGAAGGAGAGCAGACUCCUUGAGGCUGCUGAGGGAGAAGGGAAAGAGCCCAGUUCUCCCAGCACAGACACAGAGAAGAUUCCAGAUGGCUCAGCUGACAAACCACCAGCGGUCGUGGAGAGUGCUACAGCACUGCAGGAAGCCCCAAAAGGCAAUCUGCAGGCAAAGCAGGUUCACCCCGAUUUUCAGAGCAGCACAUCUCAGGAUGUACAGCCAGCAGGACCUCAGCCACCUCCCUGCACAAUCUUCAUGAAGACAGUGGAAUUCCUGAUGAAAGUCAAUGCUGUCGGGUUUGUUCACAAGGCACUGGCCCACGAGCUGCUGAGCCUUCAGGGAGGCCCCACCUGUGCCUACCACCUGGCCAUGGCCUGGACCUACCUGCUGCGGGAAGACUUCCCCAGAUGUGAGGAAUGUCUGUGCGAGGCCAUUCAGAUCGACCCCACGAAUCCAAAUGUCUGGGCUCAGAAAGGCCACCUGUGCUACCUGCAGAAGGACUUUGACAAUGCCAAGGAGUGCUACGAGCAGGUCAUCAGCUUUGUGGAGGAUGCUGCAGAUAUUCACUUUGUCUACCUGCGCCUGGGCUCCAUCUACCUGGAGGAAAAAGAGUACGGCCGGGCCAAGCAGAUCUACCUGCUCGCCUGUGACAACUCUGCCACCUGUCUCACCUGGCUGGGCGUGGGCAUCGCUUGCUACAGGCUGAAGGAGAUGCUGGAAGCAGAAGAUGCUCUCUCUGAAGCCAAUGCCCUAGAUAACACCAACGCUGAAGUGUGGGCAUAUCUCACCCUCAUCUGCCUGCAGCCCACGGUUUGCUCCCUGCUACUGUGUGUCGCAGGGCGGGCGGCAGCUGGAGGCAGAGCAGUGCUACAAAUACUCCGUCAAGCUCGGCCUGCAGAACGACGCGCUGCUGCAGGAGAUCCGCGCCGCCCAGCACCGCCUCGGCUUCGGCGACCCUUCGCUCUGAGCCCCCGGGCACAUAAAGUCACCUCGCCCCGAGCACUCGGGCCCGCCUCUGUCGCCAUCGUGUCGCGAUCGCGUCGCGACCGCGGGGAGGGGCAGGGGGUGCGGUCAGAGCCUGGGGGCGGGGUUAGAGGCGGGGCAUGAUCACGUGCAGGCGGU